CUUGCAGUCCUCGUGAUCGUUUCUCAAUGCCGUUCCCACGCCCUGAAUCGCCGGGCUCGCAUUCCACUCGCAUCCAUGGCCCUCCCCACCAACGGGCGCGUCAUCAUCGAGACCACGGUCGGGGACAUCGACAUCGAGCUCUGGUCCAAAGAAACGCCCAAGACAUGCCGCAAUUUCAUCCAACUGGCGCUGGAGGGGUACUACGACAAUGUCAUAUUCCACCGUGUCGUUCCCGGAUUCCUGGUGCAGACGGGAGAUAAGACAGGCACGGGUGCCGGUGGGGAGUCCAUAUACGGGGAGCCCUUCGAGGAUGAGAUCCACCCGCGGCUGCGCUUCCCGCAUCGAGGACUCGUAGCUAUGGCGAACAACGGUACCAAGAACUCGAACGACUCGCAAUUCAUCAUCACGCUCGACCGCGCGGACGAAUUGCACGGCAAGCACACCUUAUUUGGACGCUGCGUGGGAGAUACGGUAUACAAUGUCAUGAAAAUUGGGGAAUUGGAACUGGGGGAGGAAGGCCGUCCAGUUUAUGCCAGCCCUCCGAAGAUCAAAACUGUUCGCAUAGUAGACAACCCUUUCGACGAUAUAAUCCCUCGAAUAACAGCAGCCGAAAAGCGCGCUCAACAACGGGCCCGAGAGCAGUCUCAAAGGGAGCGCGAAGAAGCGGAGCGUCGCAGAGGUGCUAAGAAGAACGUGCAGCUGCUCAGCUUUGGCGCGGACGAAGACGACGCUCCGGUACUGAUCAAGAAGAAAGAAAUCGUGCGGCCGGACUUGGUGGACGACCCCAAUGCGGCAAUUGCCGUCCCUGACUUCGUCGCUGUCAAGCCUUCUUCGAAAGUUAUCGAGCGAGCGAAACCCACGAAGAAGGACGAAGACAUCACCAAGAUCCGUGCCAAACAUGCGGAGGAAGCGGCAUCUUCAGCUAACACGCGCAAGAACGAGAUCGCCAAGAUGGAAGCCGACAUUCGGUCCCUUGCGAAGCGCCGGGGCGGUGCCGACUCCGACGACGAGGAACUGGCUGCAUUGCGCAAGCCGAAGAAGGUCAAGUCGUAUCUGGAGGAGGAGAUGGCGAAGUACUCUAAGGGCAAAGGCCUCCAUCGAAAAGGCGCGCGCCGGGACGAGUCGGACGUCCUCGCGGCGCUCAAUUCGUUCCGCGGCAAACUUUCCCGCGCAGAGGACGAGCCCACCGCCAUGGACGUAGACAUGGAUGCGGGUGCUGAUGCGGGCGAAGCGGGGAAACCUGCCGCCGGUGCGGGGGAGGAAGAUCCCGGGAUCGAAGUGGACGACGACUGGGGCUUCAUGGGUCACUCGCUGCACUUCCCGAAGGACAAUAUGGAAGAGACGGUGAAAGCCGAGCGAGAUUACGAGGUCAUCGACCCGCGAGCGAGGGGCGCUCGUGCCAAGGAGGAGGAGCGGGAGCGCAAGCGUGUUGCAAAAGAGAGGAUGGGACGUAGUGGACGUCAGCGGUACUGAUGCCUGGAUCUGGCGUAACAAUCCUGAGGUCAUCUGUUGAUGUGUACCAUGGGGGUACGAGUCCCUCAAAAUGCUAGCACCAGGAAGAUAAUAUCCUGACUAGCGCAGUGACGAUGAACAUCUGCGUACUGCAUCCUUCGUAGUUUGCACGUGGACCUGUUUUGAAUCUCUGUGAAUGCAGUUUCUGCUACUGGCUUCUGGACAGCCUGGGCUAGGGCAAUGAUCGACUUGAAGGCAACAUGUGAUUUUAAAACGAAAUGCCGAGAGGGGAACGGAUGUCAAUGAGCUAUGCGAUAGCAAC